ACAUUACAGUGUAAUGUCAAAACUCAAAAGAGAUAUAAAUUCUUAUUCCGUAAAGUAUUUAGGUAUAGACUUAGAAAUAAGCCAAAUCAAAACUUUGUCAAACAAUUAUCUGUGAACAUAACUUUAACUCUGUAUCGUGCAGUACAACAAAGUUUUUAGAUUAAUGUUGUACAAAAAUAUGUACUUUGCGAAGAACACUAAGUAAGCAUCUGAUUCAAGAUUGAUUAAUAUGAAUCCUAAAAGCGAGGAAGCAAGAACACGAGACGACAGGCCUUUUAUAGGGAUGACCAUAGCUGAUGCUGCAAAUCUUUCUGCUUUGGAAGGACGUAGUUCGUGUCCAAAAUGUGGAAAAUCUCGGAUGUAUUUUUGUUAUACCUGCUAUGUUCCUGUUGAACAAAUAAAAGAAUAUAUCCCUAAAUGUAGUUUGCCAGUAAAAGUUGACAUUAUCAAACACAGAAGAGAAAUUGAUGGUAAAAGUACAGCAGCACAUGCAGCAGUUCUAGCUCCUCUAGAUGUAAACAUUUAUAUUUAUCCUGAUUUCCCUAAAUAUGAACUUAAUGAUAGAACAGUACUACUGUAUCCAGGUGUUGAUGCUAGUUCUGUACAACAUUUGUUUACGGGAAGGAAGAAUUCUGUUAGUUAUUCAGAACAUUUAUUAGCUGAAUUGCCUCCUGGUUAUAAUGUUGGGACACUUAUGAAAAAAACUGUAGAUAGUCCUUCCACAUUUGAAAUACACCAUGUGAAUGAGUUACCUAUAGAUAGAGUUGUACUGAUUGACAGCACAUGGAAUCAAAGUAGAGGUAUCUUUGCUGAUGAAAGACUGCAAAAUAUGCCAAAAAUUGUAUUACAAAAUCGAGCUUCACAGUUUUGGAGACACCAGCGAGGCAGCCCUAGGUGGUACUUGUCAACCAUAGAGGCCCUUCAUCAACUCAUGUUGGAGUUACACAUCAGUGCAUGGGGUCUUAGUGAACAGUACUCAUCAGAAUUAACUCGCCACUACCCAGUACACAAAUCUGGUGAAGUGCAUUCACAUUGUAAACCAUAUUCUGGAGAAUAUGACAAUUUAUUAUAUUUUUUUAAGUUUAUGUAUGAAAAGCUACAUACUCUGUAUAAACAUGAAGACAUGUUGGCAUAUAAGAGGCCUAUGUUGUAAUAAUAUAUGAAAAUGGAAAUCUAA